GGAGCAAGAGUCGCGUCAACUGAUAAUGCUGACAUGGUAGUCUGGACUCCACGACUCCGCCCGCGACGGGGGGACACCUUCAGGGCAGUGCGCCCUUGGAGUGGGCGCUCUCGCCGCCCACAGAGACGCAGGGGUGGUGGGGGCGAAGUUCGCCCCUCCGUGGGCCUUGUCAAGUCCGUGGGUGCCGCCGGCGAGUCAGCCCACCAGGUGAGUCCCUAUUGAGGGAGGCCCGGUGAGCGACUCCAGGCAGGCGGACUGACAAUAUCAGAUACAUACCUUACGUAUAUAUACUUCUGAACUUGAUCGGUUAAUAGGCAGUGUUUACAGACUACAUUGACAGCUGUGUUCUGCGCAAACUUCACGUUAGUCUACGUUCACAUGUUUAUGGGAAACUCAGUGUGAAGUAAAACAUAUCGAACAAUAACAAGAAUUGUUAGAGCUCGUUUUAAAUUGAAUCUUUAUAUUUAUUGUUCUUGUGAAAUUUGGAUUUUAAGCUCUAGGAUGACGGAGUCGUCAUUUGGAAAAUGUUAUAUGAGAGUGGAGAAGAUUACAUUUAUAUUUGGCUUAUUUACUGUUAUGACGUCAUUAGUCACAAUCAUAACAAGCACAGUGGCUCUCUUCGCUGGAGCGCCCUUCAUAUCCCUAAUGCUGAUUCCAGAGCCGUACACAUAUCGCCACAUGGGCAUACAUGUUAAUUUGGACGUUGUUCGCCCCACUUUGAUAGAUUGGGACAGGGUUGUCAUAUUCACCGAUAUAGUGGGACCACCAGUGUUCAUAGCACUUGGGAUAAUAGCUCUUAUAUUCUCUGCGCUCCUGGUAGCUGGUGUUCAAAAGAAAAACGCUGCAUUUGUGAAAGCAUACUACAUCUACGGAUUGAUAACACUUCCUGCUUCCUGCCUGCUAUUCAUUAUCCUGACAUUUGUUAGUGAAGACAGCUUACAAUAUAUAUUUUCGCAUAUUGGAAUACUGUUUGUUCUUGCUAUGCACGGAGUAAUGUUGAUUUAUGUUCGCAAAACCUACCAAAAGUUUGAUUCUGGAGAUUGCAAACAAUAUUCACAUAAGAGACUGAAUGAAAUAAAUGAUAAUGAAAUUGGUAUAGUCGAGAAGAAAAUCGCUCUUUGAUAAAAAGAUCUGGGGCCACAUCGAAGGAAUUCCUCUAAAAAAACAAUAUUGCAAUUUGUGCAAUUUGCGCAAUGCAAACCAAUGUCAAAUAGCAUUAUUGCUUCUUUAGAUGAAUGGCUUCGAUGUGGCUUUUUAUAACUCUCCUGUACUGGACAAAUACCACACGGGUGUUGCCGCUUCGUUGCGUCGACGCAACGGACUCCCGAGUGCCACCACAUUUAUUUAUUUAAGUAUUUAUUUAUUUACAUCCCAGCGCAUCGUGUCAUAUCGUAGUCAUUUAAGUAUAAUGUAACAGGACUAUGUGUAACCGCUCCUAAAAAAUACAAUUCUUGCAAAUUUUCCGACGUAACGAGUGAUUGAAUUUGAAAACGAAUGCUAUGUAUAAGAGGUAGUGAUGGUGAUGAUUAAGCAAUGUUAUAUAAUAAUUAUUUUAAGUAUGUCAUGAAAUAAUAAUUGUAAAUUAAUUCCUCUGAGCAUUAGCUAUAUAUUAUAUAUUUGUAUAAUUAUUUAAAUAAAAUUUGCCGUGAAUUUUGUGUCUAAUGCGUUUUCAUAAGAAUCCUUAAUUUAUUGUUGGAGAUUUGUCGCAAAUGGCACUGACAAGAUGAUGGACAGAAAUAUCGUAACGGAAAAAAGAGGGUCCUAUGGGGGUAAUAGGUACCUACCUACUUACAAAUUUUUCAUCUACUUACUUAUGAAUUUUAUUGUCCUCGAAAGGAGAUGGGCAAGUAAUAAGUCAACAUUUGAUUCAAAGAAAAUAUUUCUCGAAAAAAUAGACUCGUGCAGUCGUCUUGUGGUGACUUGCGAUUCUGCCCACCACGAUUGUGAUUAAGAGCGUGAUUAGCAUCCGUAUCUGUCUAUAUACCACUACUCUAACCCACCUAUGUAUUGUAUAAUGAAGUCAGGCUCAAAUAGUGAGAUCAAAUCGACAGUCGCGAACUUCAAGGCAAUUCGACCCUUCUCUUUUUAAAAUGCUCGCGGUGUUCUUCAGCAAACCAGUUUUGUUUGUAUUUGUACCUCGCAGUAUGUCCGUGUCUUUGUGAUAUUUACUUUUUAAUUUAAAUUUCAAAUAUGGAAUUACAAGAGUCAAGUUGGAAACGAUUUAUGAGAAUAGAAAUAGCCGCAUUGGCUUUCGGAAUUUUCAACAUUAUAACAUCUUUCGACGCAAUCAUAGUUAGCAUCGUAGCGAUAGCAUGCCGUCUUCCUCUUUUCUCUUCAAUGCUGGCGCCGUGGACAGAUAAGACAGAAAGAGACGAAGAUAUUUCUGAAAAUUUGCCUGAUAGUUUUGGAAGUGCAAACUAUGGGAACUAUUUGGCUGUGAGCAGCGAGAGUUGGGACAAGCUUGUGAGAUUCUGGCUGGAUGAUGUGGGCCCGCCCGUACUGAUCGUGCUUGGGAUCGUAGCUCUUGUAUUCUCUGCGCUCCUGGUAGCUGGAGUGAUCAAGAAAAAGUCCGGCUUCGUGAAAUCAUUCUUCAUCUACGGGGUGAUCACCAUGCCUGCGUCUCUCGCCUUCAACCUGCUUUGUAUCAUCAUCUUCAUUGGCCACGACGCCUACCAGUACCUUUGUCCUCAUGUGGGGAUAUUGUUCCUACACGUAAUAUUCGCCUUACAGCUGUACGUGGUGCACAGAACGUAUCGCAAGUUCGAGUCCACGGCCGUCAAACAAUUCAACCACGCGAGACUGGACGAAAGCUAAACAACGUUCUAGAAGCACAUCCUAAUUUAAAUUUUAUCUUAUA